GCGGCUGCAGGGCACAGUGUGGGCGCGGGAAUCGUCCUCUAGCUGCCCCAGUGUCGUCCUGUCACGGGUAUAGGCGGGCAUUUCUGCGGGCAUUGUCCAAACACGUUAUCUCGUGGGGACUGGUGUGUUGUACGUUCUCCUCAUAUGUGGUAACACCAGGGGUGUGUUAUUGCUAAGGGCGGGUCUAGGGGGCUUUGUCCAUUAUUUUUGAGGUGACUUUACUGGUUAUUUAAUUUUGUCAAGGACCCUCUUUAUCUCGCUGUGCCCCCUUAUACUAUAGGUGUUUGCAGUAUGGAGCAUGUGGCAGAGGCUUUAGGGGUACCCCAGCAUGGCAGCACAGCACGGUGCCCAGUUUGUAACCUGGAGGUGCCAGUUCUUGACAUCAAUGCCCAUCUUGACUCCUGCCUACAAGAGCAAAGUGGGGGUGCUGCCGCCAAGAAAAGGCGUCUUUCCUCUCCGGAGGUGGACACAUCUGGCAGCACACGUAGUGGGGGUUCCCUUGCGGGAUUGGGAGCGUCCAGCUUUUCUUUGUUCCAUAAACACAAGGUCGGUGAGCGGGUAUCACAAGAUACGCCCUCUAAGGCUCCAUUUUUUUCUGGAACACCAUCCAAGAGUUCAGAGGCAAAGCAAAAUGUAAAUAGCGCCUCUUCUUGUGAGACCCAAAAGCAAGAACAUUUCCAAAAUCAUCAGAUGCAAUCCGGGGUCAACAACAAAGAUCAGAACCUGGCGGGAGCACUAGAUGGGAAACCUCUGGCGGACAAAAUGAGACCGUGCACGUUACACGACUACAUGGGUCAGGACAAAGUCCUAGGAGAGAACACCAUGCUCAGAAACCUACUCCAAGCCAAUGACAUCCCGUCCAUCAUACUGUGGGGGCCUCCCGGCUGUGGAAAGACAACAUUGGCCCACAUAAUUGCCAAGAAUGCCAACAAGAACAACACACGUUUUGUAACACUGUCUGCAACAAGCGCCAACACAAACGAUGUGCGUGAAGUCAUCAAGCAAGCCCAAAAUGAGCGUAAACUUUUCAAGAGAAAAACUAUCCUUUUUGUGGAUGAAAUUCAUCGCUUCAAUAAAUCCCAGCAGGACACUUUUCUACCACACGUUGAGUGUGGAACAAUCACUCUUAUUGGAGCAACAACAGAGAAUCCCUCUUUCCAGGUGAACACAGCGCUGUUAAGCCGUUGCAGAGUUAUUGUUCUGGAGAAGCUUUCUGUUGAAGCAAUGGAGGCUAUCUUGGGGAGAGCUGUGCACUCUUUGGGAAUCCAGGUUCUGCAAGAGAAUGAACAGGCUGAGUUCAGUAGCAGUGAUACCUCCGAAUGUCAAAUGUACAUAGAGGCAAAAGCUUUAACAACUUUAGCGCAUCUUUGUGACGGCGAUGCCAGAACAGGACUGAAUGGUUUGCAGCUGUCUGUUCAGUCUAGACUUGCUGCAGGACCACAUUCCCCAAUACAAGGAAUGAUUAUAAAGGAAGAACACGUUAAAGAAGGUUUACAGCGCUCCCAUAUUCUCUAUGAUCGAGCUGGAGAAGAACACUAUAACUGUAUAUCUGCUUUACACAAGUCAAUGCGUGGAUCAGAUCAGAAUGCCUCACUAUAUUGGCUUGGGCGAAUGCUUGAAGGUGGAGAGGACCCGCUUUAUGUGGCUAGGCGCCUUGUCCGGUUCGCAAGUGAAGAUAUAGGACUUGCAGAUCCUCUGGCUUUACCUCAGGCAGUAUCUGCUUACCAAGCCUGCCAUUUUAUUGGAAUGCCGGAAUGUAAUGUAAUACUGGCUCAAUGUGUCAUGUAUUUGGCACGUGCCCCAAAAUCAAUUGCAGCAUAUAGUGCAUACAACAAGGUAAAGGAGCACCUAAAAAACUAUAAGGGGCCUUUACCACCAGUUCCCCUCCACUUGCGGAAUGCACCAACAAAGCUAAUGAAGAAUUUGGGUUAUGGAAAAGACUACAAGUAUAACCCCAUGUACAGGGAGCCUGUCAAUCAAGACUAUCUGCCUCCAGAAUUAAAAGGAAUUAAAUUUGUUUGAGAUAAAUCUCUCAAUUCUACUGUAUAUUUGUUCUGUGAACAAGUGCUUUUUAUUUUGUUUGUCAGACCUAUACUUGUGCCAUACAUUUUCUAACUAAGAAAAAGACUCUGGUUAUAAGACAACCAGUUCAGAGUCAGUGCGCCUUAUGUUGUUUUAAUGAAAGUUUCUUUAUAAAAACAGAUGUUGUAAUGUCAAUUUCAUACUGUACAUUUACACACAUAUUUGGCCUUAAUUGCAAAGAUGUAUAUAACUUCAAAAAGACUGAAAACCUAAAAAAAAUAUAUAUUAAUAUACAGUGGUCCGUCAACAUACGAUGGUAAUCCGUUCCAAAUGAACCAUCGUAUGUUGAGGGAUCCGUGCAAUGUAAAGUAUAGGAAGUUGUACUCACCUGUCCCCGCUGCUCCGGACCCGUCACCGCUGCCCUGGAUAUCGCCCUCCAUCGCUGUCGUCGCGUCCCGGUGAUGUCCUCGCCGCUCCGGAACGUCUCUGCUGGCCGGGAAUGUCGCUCUCACGUCGCAGUCAUCACGUCACUACGCACGCUCCUGUUGCAUGACGGGACGGCGCGCGUGGCGACGUGAUGACGACGAUGAAGAGCACCGGCGAUGGAGGGGAUCCCGAAGAGGACGCUCCGGAGCCCCGAGGACAGGUAGGAGACCAUCACCGGAGCACACGGGGUGCCGGAUAGCCGUUUAUGCGAUGGCCCUGACAUACAAAAGGAUCAUAUGUUGAUGCUGCCUUCAACAUGUGAUGGCCUCUGAGAGGCCAUGGCAUGUUGAAAUUAUCGUAGGUCGGGGGGGGGGGGGGUCACUGUAGUAACAUAAAUCAGUUUUAUUUUAUUAGAUUAUUUCACAAAAACAUUUAUCACAUAUUCAAGAUAGUCAAUAAGUGUCUGAUUGCUGGGACCUGUCGGUUUUGUGGACAUUAGAUGAUGCACCAGGCCACAAGCUUGGCCACUGCUCCAUUUAAACUCUUUUGAAAUAGAAGCCUCUCAACCUCUAUUCUAGUAAUCAGCAGGUCGCCCAGAAAUCAUAAAUUUUAAUACAUCUUAGCUUGAGUGAAGUGGAUCGUAGUAUAGCCCAUUCAAAGGAAAGGGAAUCUUAGAUAUUUCCGUAAAAAGGGUUUUUGUGUAUAAAAGUACUCUUCAAAAACUAUUGGGGUGAUUAAUUAAAACCUGUCCAGAGGAACAGUUGCCCAUAGCAACCAAUCAGCUCGCUGCUUUCAUUUCUAACAAGGCCUCUGCAAAAUGAAAGAAGCAAGCUGAUUGGUUGCUAUGGACAACUGGGCAAUUUUUCCUCUGGACAGGUUUUGAUAAAUCUCCCCCUCAAUGUAUGCAACUCUAUACAUUCGUCUUCAUGGCCAUAUAAACUCUGUAAUUAUUAGUCGUAAUGUUCUAUUUCUUUAUUCAUUAUUUAGUAGACUGGCAAAUCUGUGUUCAAGUCAGAAUUUCAGACCCAAUUUCAGUUCUGUGUGUUCUGUUUUCUUAAUUUGUUUUUAAAAUGGAGUGACUAUUAUUGUGAUUGCUGCCUACCCUCAUGAUAGGCCAUCAAUAUCUGAUAAGUGGGGCCAACUCCGGCAUCCCUUGUGAUCAGCUGCUCCUUGAUGCACACAUUGAACAGAGUCUGGAGCACAUGGCUCUGUACAAUGUGUAGUGGCUGUGCCAGGCUUCUACAGCUCAGCUUCCACUGAAGUGAACAGAAUGCUGAUACCUAUUUUUAUUGUUAUUUUGAUUCUUCAGUGACAUAGAAAAGGUAUAACUGAUUUGUACUGUCUGUCCCCUGAAUGCUGAUAUUUUUUCAAAUUGCCUGCUUCUUUUAGGCUUUGUUUGGUUAGUGAUACUGUAUACACUGCUUGUUUUUCUAACAUUCCACACAUAAUUCAGAUGAGUGUGUUCCUGCUCCAGAUUUGUUUGUGAAUGUGAUGACAAGCAUGCUUGGAACUUCUAUUAGAUCUUCCUCAUUUUUAAUUCCUAAACUGUCAUUAAAUAUAUUCAACAUACUUUCUAUAUGUUGUAUCAUUCACCUCCAUUUUAUGGCUCAAAUUUUCUUGCACAGCUGUAGUAAAAAAAUGAAAUGCAAUAUUGAGUUGUGAGCCAUUUGCACAAUGUCCUGUUAGUAGGGUUGCGGUAACAGCAUGAGUUUCCUCAAGUAUUAUAGUUGUUGAUCCAAAGGACAGAGCCCAAUAAAGCAAAUGGUAAUGCUUCAUUUUAUCACAGAAAAUGUGUGGUUAUUUUGUGCUUCCAGCAUGCUGAGUAUUUCCAAUUAGUUACUUACUAACUCCAUUAUAUACAAAUAUUACAUGUAGUGAUUCUAACAACUAUAAGAUCUCCCUUGUGAAAAAUAAAUAAUAUGGUUUAUAUGGUGUCAACUCACUUGCACUUAAUAUCAACAGAAUACAAAUGUUAUUAAUGUUUCUUUAACAAUGUCCACAGAAAUGGCGGCUUUCACAUUUGUACUCUUGUCAUUAGAAAAUGGCCUGCUUUGCAUCUCAAUAUGUGUUAAUCUGUGAUUUGUGUUUUCUUACUAUUCUAAAGGAUAAAUAAAGAAUGUUAAAAAGACAUAUGUAUAUUGUAUUAGGUAAUUGUAUACAGUAUAAAAGCAGAGAAAAUAACAACAUUUUAAACGUAUAGUGGUCUCUUCUAAAUCAUUGUAAAUUGCAACAGUCAGUCCGGAUCCACUGCACAUAUAAUAGCUAGAUGAUCCAAACAAGUAAGUCUCUAACUAGUAAAACACCUAUAUUACUUAUAUUAUUGCUUAUGCUGAUUAGGUGUCUACUAGCGCCUCUCUACAGUACAGUGUAGCAUUUCAUGUUAUGUACUGCUUUUUUCCUGUGUCAGGACUAGCUGUGCUUUCGACACUGGGUAAGGGAUGCUUCAUUGUAUUUUUCUUGGAUACUUUCUGUUCUGUACAUAACCCUGAAAUAUAUGUAUAAGGCCUCAUUCACAUCAUAUUUAAUGCCUCCGAUAAACAGAUACAUUGGGAAAAUGUCAAAAUGACAUGCGAACGUAUCAGUGCCCGAAGAGAUACAGGCCCCAUUUAUUUCAAUGGCCUGUGUUGGCUAGUGACUGUUCGGGUCAUAUUGCCGAGUUUUGUCUCUGACUGAAAACCGCUGCAAGCUGCGUUUCUCAGUCUGAGUCAAAAUUUGAAAUUAACCAAAUGCAGCUGACUACGAUCUGGCUAUUGAAAUGAAUAGGGCCUAUGCCUGUUGACAUGUCAUUUUGACAUUUUCCCGAUGUAUCCAUGACUCAGAGGCACAAUCGUGAUGUGAACCUAGCCUAAGAGUUUUGUAGCAUUCAGCAGCUUUCUUUUAUUUGUAAGGAUUGGCUUUAUCUGUAUUAGUUAUCUGGUUAUUUUUCUUUAAUCUUCAUUUUUCUUUUCUUAUUUUUGGGCUGAUCUUUUGUGAGGUUUGGUACCAAUUACAAAUUUUCCAUAGAGCUAAAGGAGAAGUAUCAUGGGGGAAAAGUUAUCCCCUAUACACAUUAUUUGAGAGAUACAAAGGAUAGGGGUAAACAUUUUGAAUCGUAGGGGGUCUGAUUGCUGGGACCCCCCGAAAUCUCUUGUACUGGGGGUUCGUGCAGGAGCUGUGGCGCGCCACUCCCGGGGAGAGCUGGGGCCUCGUACAGGAGAUUACUGGGUCCCAGCGGUCACCUAGUGACAGCUUUAAACAGAAAUAAAACAUAGAAAACUAAUUUUUUUUAAAACAAAGUACCGGUACAUUAGAAAGAUUUUUUAUUUACCAUAAGGAGUGCAAUAGCAAAAAAAAUUUUAUGACCCUGCCAAUUUAACCAAUUUAUUGCCUCUGUUAAUGCUUAUAAAGAAACCUUUUCCCUCUUGGUAGAGCAUGCACACUAAAUUACAGAAGAUUGUAAAAUCACCAUUACAAAUAGAACAUCCAUUUUACUGACCUGAUAUUUAUUACAUUAAAACUGCUGAUUUUGCUUGUAGGGCUGUUGUUUAGAAAGUUUCAGAAUCUCGACCAUAUCUGUGAAAGGUAGCAUCAUAGGAAAUGUUUUCUUUGCCUCUGCCUUAGCACUGAGGACAUUACAAUUACCAACCAGCAGGUCAUUUUAGCACAGAAAAUGAAAUAAAUAAUGCCAGGAAUUUAAAAGUGCAUUGGAUACUUAAUAGACAGGAAUCUUGUUGUGGUAAUGUCCGGUAUCUAAGUUAUGAUUUCUUUGUAUAGAAUGAUGUUGUCUUAAUCUGUAUAUGCAGACAAACUAACACCUAGCACCUUCAGGUCUAAUCUGUGUACUUUUCUUCUGGCACCAAAAUAGGAAAAACAUUGUAGUAUAUUUGUUGUAAAAAGUCAAGUACCAUGUUCAUGCACCACCAACUUUUACUACCUGCUUCCUUUUUGUGUGUGGUAUGUCAUUUGCACUAUUGAGUCAUCUCCUGUCUUAGAAACUGUGCUGAAAUGGAGAAGAAUCUAUAUAGUUAUUACAUUAAAAUGUUUUCCCUGUUUAUGUGUAUGUAUAUGUAUACUGUAUUGUGAAUCGAGGAAAGCAGCACACCAGAAAGAGAUGUAACUGGGUGCUGCUGUUGAUCCGGGUCAGGGAUUCUGUAGUAUAUCCAAAGAAGAAGCAGUGGCACUCCAAAUUGUGAACAGAAAAAUACUCUAUAUUCACUCACAAGCACUGCUUGGGAGUGAAUAAAGAUAAUUUUUUUGUUCACAAUUUGGAGUGCCACUGCUUCUUUGGAGUUACAGUUGCAAGAAUUAUAUGAAUUGGUCAUAAAAUGUGAUCUGAUCUUCAUCAAAGUCACAACAAUAGACAAUCACAGUCUGCUUAAACUAAUAAACACACAAAGA